UCGAGCUCUCUCGCUUUAAACAAAGCAAAUUACGUCAAGGUAAAAAAAAAGAUCGCCGUCGAAAUACUAUCCGGUAGCCAGAUCCUCGCCGCCGGUUGCAGGUGCCCAGAAACAGAAAUAACCUGAAGUUAAUUUUUUUGUCUCUAUGAGUGGAUUGGAAGCAAGUUAUUUUUUCAAUUGAUAGCUCCGGGAUUCGGAUAAGUUGAAGAACUAUUUCAUGAUUUAGACCUUACCUUCAGCAUCCCUUGCGAUUGAGCGCUUGUGAGUUUCGGAGAUAGGCCACCAUACUUAUAGGGGGGAUUGAUGUUGUUUGACAGAUGACGGAAGCCCCCUGCAGCAGUGAGCAACUACCCGAUGGCGAUAUGAACGAUAGCAGGGAAGAAAAGGAUGGUGAUAGAGCAGAGUUGCAUUUUGAAAAUGGUGUGCCCGAGGGAAGGAAGGAAUUUGUUCCGCCUGCUGUUGGAAUGGAGUUUGAGUCUUAUGAUGACGCUUACAAUUAUUACAAUUGCUAUGCUAAAGAAGUUGGUUUUCGUGUUAGAGUCAAGAAUUCAUGGUUCAAGCGAAACAGUCGAGAGAAGUACGGUGCAGUACUUUGUUGUAGUAGCCAGGGUUUUAAGAGAGUUAAGGAUGUAAAUCGCUUAAGAAAAGAAACGAGAACUGGUUGUCCUGCCAUGAUAAGGAUGAGGUUGGUGGACUCUAAGAGAUGGAGGGUGCUAGAAAUCGCACUUGAACAUAACCACCUAUUAGGUGCUAAGGUAUACAAAUCCAUUAAGAAGAUGGGAACAGGAAUCAAAAGGAAGUCAGUUUCAAGUUCAGAUGCUGAAGUACGAACCAUCAAAUUGUACCGAGCACUUGUCAUCGAUACAGGGGGUAAUGAGCACUCGAGUGCAAAUGGUAGAGAACUUAGGACUUAUUCUGAAGCUCCUAAUCAACUGAAUCUUAAAAAGGGUGAUGCCCAAGCUAUCUACCAUUAUCUUUGCCGUAUGCAGUUGACGAACCCAAAUUUCUUUUAUUUGAUGGAUCUCAACGAUGAAGGGCAUUUGAAAAAUGUGUUCUGGAUUGAUGCUAGGUCACGAGCAGCAUGCGGUUACUUUGGUGAUGUCGUCUAUAUUGACAACACAUAUUUGUCGGGAAAAUAUGAGAUACCACUUGUGGCAUUUGUUGGGAUAAACCAUCAUGGCCAGUCUGUUUUAUUAGGUUGUGGCUUGCUUGCAGGUGAGACAGUAGAGUCUUAUAGCUGGUUGUGUAAAACAUGGCUAACAUGUCUGUCGGGAAUCAUGCCACAAACAGUCAUUACGGACAGGUGUAAGUCUUUGCAGAGUGCAAUUGCGCAGGCGUUUCCAAGAUCUCAUCAUCGAUUUGGUUUGUCACUCAUCAUGAAAAGAGUUCCAGAAAAACUGGGAGGAUUAAGCAACUAUGAUGCAAUAAGAAAGGCUUUAAAUAAAGUAGUUUAUGAAACUUUAAAAGUCAAUGAAUUUGAAGCAGCAUGGGGAUUCAUGGUCAAUCGAUUUGGCGUUGUUGAUCAUGAGUGGCUUCGAUUACUAUACGAAGAUCGAUUACAAUGGGCUCCGGUUUACUUAAAAGAGACACUUUUUGUUGGAAUUUCUGCUGCUCGGCCAGGUGAGGCAUUAAGUCCAUUUUUCGAUAGAUACAUUCACAAACAAACACCAUUGAAGGAAUUUCUCGACAAGUAUGAACUAGCCCUACAAAAGAAACACAAGGAAGAAACACUAGCCGAUAUUGAAUCCAGAAGCUCCAGCCCCAUGUUAAAAACUCGAUGUUCAUUUGAGUUGCAGCUAUCAAAAUUGUACACUAGGGAAAUAUUGAAGAAGUUCCAAUUCGAGGUGGAAGAAAUGUAUUCUUGCUUUAGCACGACUCAGAUACACAUCGACGGGCCAAUUAUAAUAUUUUUGGUCAAGGAGCGUGUUAUGAGCGAAGGGAAUAGGAGGGAAAUUCGAGAUUACGAAGUUUUGUAUAAUAGAAGUGCAGGAGAAGUUCGAUGCAUUUGCAGCUGCUUCAACUUCUAUGGGUACCUAUGCCGACACGCGCUAUGUGUACUCAACUUUAACGGUGUAGAAGAAAUCCCUUCGAAAUACAUUUUACUGCGGUGGAAAAAGGAUUACAAACGCUUGUAUAUUCCAGAUCACGGCUUGAACCAAACCGACGGUAGUGAUCGUGUACAAUGGUUCAGUCAGCUAUAUAGAAGUGCAUUACAAGUUGUGGAGGAAGGGGUGAUUUCGUUAGACCAUUACAGUGUUGCAUUACAAGCAUUCGAAGAGUCUUUGAAUAGGAUUCAUGAGGUAGAAGAAAAGCAAGCAUUUCAAAACCAAGGAGAUGUUCAAUCCCAAAUUAAAGACAGUCUCAACAAAGCCCAGAUUCAGUCACUGUCUGUUCUUUUACCAAGAACAUCAAUGGAUGAAGCGUCUCUCAAUACUGAGCCGAUAGGAGAUGAUGAUGCCGAUGGAUUCGAGAUUGAAGGAGAUUGUUCGAUGGCGGAUGAUGCUGGUUCAAUCCAGGGAGAAAAUCCUUUGCCUCCUGCUGUAGGUAUGGAGUUUGAGUCCUACGAGGACGUGUAUUACUUUUAUAAUUGCCAUGCCAAGGAUCAGGGAUUUGGGGUUAGAGUAAGUAAUACUUGGUAUCGAAAGAGUAAAGAAAGAUAUAGAGGAAAACUUAGCUGUAGUAGUGCAGGUUUCAAGAAGAGAAGCGAGGCAAACCGGCCUAGACCUGAAACUAGAACGGGUUGCCCUGCAAUGAUAAAGUUCAGGUUGAUGGAAAACAAAAGGUGGCGAAUUAUAGAAGUUGAGCUUGAGCAUAAUCACUUAAUUAGCUCGGGUAGUGGAAAGUUCUAUAAAUCGCAUAAGCUCGUAGGUUGUGGAACUAAAAGGACAUUACAAUUAGAUAACCCUGAUGAAGUUCAGAAAGUUAGGCUCUAUCGUACUGUGAUUGUAGACUCUGAGGGUAAUGGAGGUGUAGACAACGAUGAUAAUGAAGGAAGAUUCACGAAUCUUCUUCACUCUAAUCAGUUGAAGCUUAAAGAAGGAGAUGCGCAAGCUGUUCAAAAUUUCUUUUGCCGCGUGCAAUUGAUGGAUUCUGAUUUCUUUUAUGUGCUUGAUCUCAAUGAGAAAGGAUUUAUGAGGAAUUUGUUCUGGGCUGAUUCUAGGUCUAGGGUUGCAUAUAGUUAUUUUGGUGAUGUCCUUGCAAUCGACACUACAUGCUUGAGAGACAAAUUUGAAGUACCAUUAGUUUCAUUUACUGGUGUAAAUCACCAUGGACAAUCCAUAUUAUUAGGCUGUGGUUUACUUGCGUGUGAAGCUACGGAGUCGUACAUCUGGUUAUUAAGAGCAUGGCUGACAUGUAUGUUAGGACGCCCUCCUCAAGCUAUCAUUACCGAUCCAUGCACAGAUUUGCAAACUGCUGUCAGUGAUGUCUUCCCGAGAGCUUCACACUGUCUUGAUUUGUCGCGUAUCUUGCAAAGUGUUCCGGAGAAUUUGGAGGAAAUCAAAGUAGCUUUGAGCAGAACAGUUUGCUGCUCUCUACGGCCUGAGGAUUUUGAAUCAGCUUGGGAUGAGAUGGUUCAUCAACAUGGAAUCAAGGAUAAUAAAUGGAUACAGAGUUUAUAUGAAGACAGGAAAAAAUGGAUUCCAGCAUAUGUGAAAGAAACGUUUUUAGCAGGAUUGUUUCCAUUUCCUCAAAAUGAGAUUGUAACUUUAGUUUUUGAAGGAUACCUAAAUAAACAUACUUCUCUGAAAGAUUUUUUCGACAACUAUGAUCAAGCUUUACAGAGAAAUCAUCAGCUUGAAGCCUUAGCGGAUAUGGAUUCAAAGAAUUCAAUUUCCGAACUAAAUUCUAGUAGCUAUUUUGAGCUGCAACUCUCAAAACUGUAUUCGAACGAAAUAGUACGGAGAUUCAAAAAGGAAAUGGAGGGCAUGUACGGAUGUUUCAGCACGAGACAGGUCAGUCUCGAGGGACCAGUAGUAACAUUCAUAGUCAAAGAACAAAUUGAAAGUGAGCUGAGAGAUUUUGAAGUUAUGUUCAAUAAAACCGACAUGGAAAUUCUGUGUGUGUGUGGUUUGUUUAGCUUUAGAGGACACUUAUGCAGGCAUGCGUUAAGUGUACUGAACCAAAACGGCGUGAAGGAGAUACCACCUCAGUACAUUCUUACCCGGUGGAGAAAAGACGUAAAACGAUCAUAUGUUAUUGAUCACAGUUCAAGUGGUAUCGAUGUAAAUAACCCAGUUCAUAGAUAUGAUCAUUUGUACAGAAGUAUCGUGCGAGUUGUAGAAGAAGGAAGGAAAUCGGAAGAUCGGUAUGAGGUUACUCUGCAAUCUCUGGAAGAGAUACUGAAUAAACUUCAUCUUGUACAAGACUAGGUAGCCAUCUAAUUGAAUAUACAAGUCUGUAAAUUGUGCUGUUGUUAUGGAUGUGCCAUUUUUGUGUCUUAAAAAGCUAGCAAAAAAGGCUUUAAUAGGCAGAUUUUAAAACUCCAUAAUAGUUUGUGUAUUGUGCUAAAGGAUAUAAUGCACACAAAACAUUUAUAAUUGCAGCAUAUAUUUUUCUUUCUUUGUUAGAGGAAGUUUACACAUAA